AUGGAAAACAAUUUGGCUAAUGUGAAGAUGGUGCCGGAUUUCCGGGAUGCUCCACGUCCUAGCCUUUUUCAACGAUUGGGCGGAAAUCUAUUAAUACCAAUAGGUAUUAUGAUGACUGUGGGCUGUUAUGCUGUCGGACUUGGCUCUAUGAUUACCAACCGGCCUAUGUUAGGGCAAAAGAUGAUGUAUGCUCGCGUCGCCUUCCAGGGAAUGACGGUAGCUGCUAUGUAUUACGAUCAACAAGGUGCUUCACUCCACUACCCCGCCAAUCAAUAAUAAUUACUAAUCUCAUAACGGUCAUUACGUUACAACAGAAAUGAAAUUAGUUAUUAUAUGACACCGUCAUCAACAACUGCAAUCCUCUUGUUUUGAUAUACGACGUGUUGGCG